AUGGCCAGGCCAGAGCUGGUGCUCUUUCUCCUGCUGCUGUCCCUGCAGCCCUCCUCACUGUCACAGUCAGACAACACAGAGGGCAAAGCCAUCCUUGCAAGCCUGAUCCUGUCUGCAUUGGAGAGAGCCACCAUGUUCCUGGAGGAGUGGCUGCCAGAAAUCAACCUGGAUGGGGUGGUGGGGUUCCAGGUGCUGGAAGUGCAGCUCCGAGGUGCACAGGAGGCAUGGGCAUCGGACCCCCUGCUGCAACCACUAAGUCUGCAUACUGGGCAGCUGGCUGACAAGCUGGUUCCUCUCCUCCACAGAUCCAUCACCUACCUGAGUCUCAGUGAUCCCGAGUACCUAAGAGAGUUCCAGCCGAGCCUCCAGCCCGGGUUUUGGAAGCUACCCCACACCUGGAUCCACACCAAUGCUUCUCUAGUCUACCCCUGGCCUGAGCUUCAGGAUUCCUUCUCAGAGGACAGCAGCGAUGUGUGCCUAGUGCUGCUGUUGGGAACAGGGAACACCAGCAGCCAGCCUUGUGGGCUCUCAGACUUCUGCAGGACACUCAUGACCAAGCCUGGAUGCUCCGGCUACUACCUGUCACACCAACUGCUUUUCUUCCUCUGGGCCAGAAUGAAAGGAUGCACAAAGGGACUGUUCAGCCAGAGCCAGCAAUACAUCAACAUCUUCUGUGCCAACAUGAUGCAUCUGAACCAGAAAUCUGAGGCCAUCAGAUAUGCCUACCUCAUCCAGGAUCUCUUCAUGGAAAACAUCAUGUUCUGUGGCAUUGGUGGCUUCUCUGACUUCUUCAAACUCCGGUGGCUGGAGGCCAUUCUGAGCUGGCAGAAGCCUCAGAAAGGAUGCUUUGGAGUGCCUGCUGCUAGGGGUAAAGAGAGACCUGAAGACCCCCUGCACCAACAGCAUGUUCUCAGAAGAGUCAAGAGGCGAGAAAAACAAUUCACAGAUGGCUGUUCCAGCCACAGCACUGCCACAGCAGUCGCAGCCCUGGGUGGCUUCCUCUACUUCCUGGCAGAUCAGCCUCGGGUGCAUGGAGAGCAUCAUCCAUCCACACCAUCACACGGCUCCAUGACUGCUGCCCCUUCAGAUCUUCUUCCUUAG